AAGUAGACAAAUGAAGAUUACGCUAUCACAGAAAAUUAUUGAUGAAUUGUUGUGAAUGACCGAAGCUGAAGGAAGUGCGCACUUGGUUGAAUUUUCAUAUCAGCCGAAAGAAAAAUUUUCUUGUAAGAUUCGGAUUUGAAACUUCCAAAUAAUAAGUUUUGAACUCCAAACGUUGAGCCGUCGCCCCUGUAAUUAAAAGAAUGUUUAACUCCUCUUUCCUGAGGCUGAAAUCAUCAUAAUAUGACUAUAAUAAUGCAUGUGCAUUAUCUUAAGGGAAUCUCACCUAGGGCCAUCUUAUCGGGAACCAAUUCCUUGGGCUUAUUAGCUAGCCCAAAGGGAAAAGAGAUACGGUGCUGUUUUCUGUUUUGUUCUUUAGGCUCUGCGGGUGCAACAAGGGAUGGUACUAAACCAACGGAAAGCAGAUCGUGAGGCUUCAUUUUGAUACAAACGGAGCCUCAAUGCGCCGUAACUGGGUCUCCAAUUGCGCCACACACCCCAUUUUGUGAGCAAAGACAGCACGGUGGAGACCAUUCUGAUUUCUAACUGUGCUGCACCUUCAGUGGAGGAUGGGUCCAGUGAAAAAUUGAGUGAGGUCCUUUUGGGUUGAUUCCCCAUUUUUGUUCGAAAAGGCAAGCCAUGCAUUUACAUGGCUCAUUGUCAUUCGAGUACAAGUCUAUAUAACAUCUCUUCCACUCUUCUUUCCUCAUAACUUGAUCUUGAAGAAUAUUCAUUGUCUUUGACAUGGGAGAAGCUGAGCUACUGCAACACUCGAUCCCAGGUUAGCCAGCGUUAUAAGUGUCAUUUCUUCCUUCCUUUUUUUUCCUUUUUGUCUGAGAUAUGACUUCUUAUUCGCUUCUUUAGUUCUACACCUGAACUAGGCUACAGGAAGUGAGUAGUGACUAUAACUUUUGAUUCCCUCUCAGUAAGUACAAAUAGCAAAGAAAUCCAUCUCUAGGAGUUACUAUUACUGUAAAUAUAAACCUAAAGAUGUCCUAAGAACAUGAUCAAGUUGCAAUAGCAAACUACAUCAUUUGUUACUCAGAAUUCCAGAAACUUUUCUGGAAUACAUACAAUUUAUCUGCAAGAGCUUACUGCUUUGGGUGCUCUGACAUCUGAUCUGUUACAAAAAGAAAAAUAUAGAAACUUCUGCUAUCCAAAAUAAAGAUCUGACAGCCCAAAAGCUAAAAAGCAUGACAAAAUAUGAGAACUUACAAAGCACCCACGUACUCUUUUAGCACAAAAAGAGAAAGAACCAAAUAACAUAUUACAGAUUCGAGUGUUUAGCUAAAAUCAAGUUCAUCACAAGCACGGAUCAAUGCUCCCUAAGUCGAUACUUUGUUUGUUUUUUACCAGUUCAGGAGACUGGAGGCGAAAUCGGAGGAACAUAUGGAGCUUUCAAAUCAAUCGAUAGAGCCUAGACCCAAAAACUAUAAGCGAUGGCUACGUAUAGGUUUGUAUACACUCUUUGUGGUUUCUGGUCAGUCAAUUGCUACAAUGUUGGGAAGACUGUACUUUGACAAAGGUGGAAAGAGCCAAUGGUUGGCAACACUUAUGCAACUGGCAGGCUUCCCAAUUAUCAUUCUUUACUAUUUCUUCACUAAAAAUUCAACUGCAACAAGUACUAACACAAGACCACCAUCAAUCCUGAUUCUUGCAUCAGUUUAUGUCUGCCUUGGCCUGCUUGUAGCUAUAUACUGCUUGCUGUUCUCAACUGGAUUGCGAUACCUUCCAGUGUCUACAUAUUCCCUCAUUUCUGUAUCCCAGUUAGCUUUCAAUGCUUUCUUCUCCUAUUUUCUCAAUUCACAAAAGUUCACUCCUUUCAUAGUCAAUUCUCUGAUCCUUCUCACCAUCUCUUCCAUCCUCCUGGUGUCUCAUGAAGACUCUUCAACUCCCAAGGGAGUCUCGAGACGAAAGCAUGUAAUCGGAUUCAUAUGCACCAUUCUUGCAUCUGCGGUGAAUGGAUUUGAACUCUCUUUGGCACAGUUCUGCUUUCGGAAGGUCAUAAAAAGGGAUGCAUUUUCAGCAGUCAUGGAUAUGAUAGUCUAUCAGUCAAUAGUAGCAGCAAGUGCAAUACUGGUGGGACUUUUUGUUAGUGGAGAAUGGAAAGGUCUAAAGGGAGAAAUGGAAGAAUUUGAACUAGGAAAGUUAUCAUAUAUGAUGGUUUUAGUUUGGAUAUGUGUAUUCUGGCAAGGUUUUGCUAUUGGAAGCACAGCACUGAUUUUUGAGUUGUCUUCUUUAUUCGCCAACUCCGUAACUGUUUUCGCGUUGCCUGUGGUUCCGAUUCUUGCUGUUAUCUUUUUUCCUGACAAAAUGGAUUGUAUAAAGGUAGUUGCCAUGUUUUUGGCUCUCUGGGGCUUUCUUUCAUAUGCCUACCUGCAUUAUCUAGAUAGCCAUGAGUCUGAAAGUGAACAGAAAAACAUAGAUGUCAAUAAUCAAGCUUUAAGAGCUUCCUCUGGUUGAAGACAUGAGCUUCAUGGCGUAUCAAAGAUUUGUAGCAAAGAAAACAAUGAUACUAAUUUACUGCCAUUUCUUAGCAGAGUGUAAGAUAUCAAGAUGUACCGAAUAAAAUAAAAUGGUCAAAUCAAUCCACUAAUUGCAUGAUCUUGACUGAUGCCUUUGAUAAUGCUUAUGAUUUUCCUGUUGUCUGAAGCUGUAAAUAUUGCAAAUAAUGUAGUAAUUAUUGAUUGCAAACUAAUUGACCUUGAUAAAGCCAUGCCUGGAUCAGCCAUAUUCUUCAAAAUUGCCUGUAAUUCCAGUAAUAUCAGUCACCGCGGACCCAUCAAAUUCAAACAUGCACAUGAUUCAUGUCUGCACAAAUCCUAUGGCCAUAUACCCAUCAUCAUCAUCAUCAUCAGCCACAUCCAAUUUGUGUCGUUACAAACAAUCGUGCUUCAUAUGGAUGGAAGGAUUCUUUUCUUUCAGGGCAAUGAAGAGAACUUGCAUUGCCAUCCACAAUUAGCUGGUAUAUAUAUUUACAUUCUUUUUUCGUUUUAAACUCUCCUCCCUCUCUCCUCCUUCCUCCCUGCCUGGCUGGCUGCUUUUGAAACUUCCUCGACUUUGAUGUGGGAAAACCUCAAGAACUGCUACUCCACAUCAUUGGUAAGUCAGCUCGCUACAACACAGAUGAAGAUCAGGGAAGCAAACUACAAAAUUUAUUUUAUGGUUUUAUCAUUUUUUUUCUCUUUUCUGUACUAUUUUUUAGUAAGACAUUUUUUUUAUUCAUUUUCUUUGUCAAAUUGCAGCAACUAAGCCAUGUCUCUGGUAUCAUCUCUAGCCCUAUUGUUUUAGGUCCCAAAAUCAA